AUGAACAGACAACUCCCACAGAUGCUAGUUAUUGAUGACAGCCAGUCGAACCUGCGAUAUGACCUACAAUCGGUCCUGAUAUUAGUUUCUUCCACUGGCCUUGUCUUCACUGCAUGUGGCAUCAGCUUUGCCUUCGGAGUUUACCAGGAACUCUACGACUCAAUGUCGUCAAUUCCAAACACUCCAUUCACGGGCGCAACACCAGCACAAAUUGACCUAAUUGGCACCUUAGCCAUUGCCCUUAUGACCAUCGGUGCACCUUUCACAACCACCUGGAUAAAGCAAUACUCUCCGCGUAGAGUCGUCUGGAGCGGCGGCCUAAUUUAUUCGGUUGCACUCCUUCUCGCCAGCUUUAGCUACACUUUGUGGCAGUUUCUUCUCACACAAGGAUUUCUUCUUGGAAUUGGAACGUGCAUGGCCUAUAUGCCCUCUGUCACGGUGGGACCCACAUGGUUUUCACUUCAUCGCGGGCUUGCUAUGGGUAUUAUCCUCUCUGGAACAGGUAUUGGCGGUGUUAUAUGGCCUCUUGCCUUCCGAUCCCUCAUCGCACGUAUUGGAUUCCGCAACACACUCCGUGCCACUUCAGGGAUCUCAUUCAUCUUAAUUUCGAUCUUUGGGGCCUUUAUACGGUGGCCCGCUAGCCAGAUGUCACGCAUUCAGGCGGAGAACAGGGCGAUUUUGCUCUCCCCGAACAUGUUCCGGAUUCCACUGGUAGAUUGGCGGGUUGCGCGAACCCGUAGGUUUAUCGCUCAUGCAUUAGGAGCGGCGCUUCAAUCUGCCGCCUACUAUACGCCUAUAUUUUUCUUCGCUUCCUAUGCCCGCACGCUAGGUUAUUCGCAGGCAACAUCGGCCAACUUCAUUGCCAUUUCAAACGCGGCCAGUGUCCCAAGCAGAAUAAUCAUCGGGCAUGCUGCCGAUCGAAUGGGCAGACUCAACACAAUGCUUUUGACCACACUUCUAUCGGCUGUCGCUGUGCUAGGAAUCUGGUUCCCAUCGUCAAAUUCCUCCCAGGAAUCCGGUGGCAAAUCGCUCUUCAUUGCCUUUACCAUUUGCUACGGUGUAUUUGCAUCUGCCUAUAUAUCCCUUUUCCCAACAACCUUGGUCGAGACGUUUGGUAUUCAAAAUUUCGCCAGUGUCAACGGGGUGCUAUAUAUGGUCCGAGGGUUCGCCAUGUUGCUUGGGACUCCCGUCGCAGGCCUAUUGAUCAGGAGUAGCAACUACCAGAAACCAGACCCUCGCAACUAUGGAAAUACCAGUAUAAUGGUCGGUGCUCUUUUUUCUGCCGCCACUAUUGCGGUAUUUUGGGCUAGACUUGAGGGAUCUCUGAGCUAG